UCUCUCUCUCCACGACGCACUCGAGCGCACGCAGCCCAGCGCCUCCAGCAACCGAGUGGGCGGACGGUGCGCGGGCGCCCAAUUUCUCCGCUGUUAGCGGUUCGCGCCAGCGCCGCCGCUCCAGCUCAGCGGCGACUCGAGUCGCGUGCGGUGGCGUCGAGUGUUUGGACAGGUGACGAUCCUGGAAUUCCUGCUUUGGUAACAGGGAGGUAGGGGGCGGGCGAGGCCGUGCGAAAACGAGCGAAAUGGUCCCCUGUAUUAGAAAUGGGAUAUUGAAUUCCAAAUGCAGUUUCCGAAUUUUGGAAGUGCAGCGUUCACCCACAUUGCAUAAUUUGUGUCGGAAUUACUGGGUGCAGGGCUGGGAGCUGCGACCAGCUAUGCAGAGAAGAGGGCUGCAGUUAAGUGCGCGUAAAAUGAAGGAGGGUUCUCCAUGUAACUGA